AUGGCACGUAAUGUAUCAUACAUGCUUAAUUUGUAUCAUACAAGUAAGUAUGUGAUAGAGAACGGUAGCAUCAACACUUUUUCGAAUAUGCCGGAUGAUGGUUUGUUUGUCGAAGAAAGGUUGUCAUAUGAGGGAUUGAUUAGUAAGAUUUGUAUGACCCUUGGUUGGGAUCCAGCACACGUGAAACUCCACUUUUCUUUGAUUUUCGAUAGUCUCGGUGGUAGGCGUGUAGUGAAGAUCAAGAAUGAUUCGCAUGUAGAGUUCAUGAACCGUGUAGAUCCAAUGUCAUGUUUGGAUUUAUACAUAGAUUUGGAAGAUAUCACUCAAGAAGAAAGAGAAGCGAGUUUGGAAAACGUGUCAUUUGGUGAUUUUCGAAGGGGGGAACGUGCUAGUACUUCUCGAAACCGUGAUGAAGAGGAGACACCUUUAUUUGCACAAAACGACUACCGGGAAGAGUCGGAUUCCGACUACAUAGCUCCAAGUGAAAGCGAAGAAGACUGUGAUGUCUCCGGAGAGAGUGAUUUUGAAGAAAGUGAUGAUGAAAGGUUGGAAAAUGAGGAAAGGGAUUGUAAUCUAUUCGCCCGACGCCAUAUAUAUAGUAAGAUGGGGAACUGGGAUGCCUCAUGUGUAGACAAGGAUGAGUUUGCUCUUAAGAUGUGGGAUGAGACGCCCGAAGGAAUAGACAUUGGUGUUUGUUUCAAAUCUCAAUCAGAAGCAAAGCAUGUUGUGAAAUUAUGGAAUAUCCAUCAUAAAAGGGAAUAUACGGUCGCCGCGAGUAGUCCAAGGACGUGGGCUGUGCGGUGCAGAACAUUUAAUGUGGAAAGUGAGGAUGGUGAACCGCCAUGUGAGUGGAAGAUGCGUGUGUCAUUGAAAGCUCACGGCCUUCAUGAAAUUGUGAGAUGGCAUGAUGCACAUAAUUGCAUGACUCCUGUGAAUGAUAAUGACAAUCGGUGUGUAGACGCGUCUUUGAUUGCUAGACUCAUCAGGAGAAAGGUUGAGGACAACGUAGAUUAUACGGUAGCCUCGACACAGAAAGAUGUGAAGACCUUAUUGAAAGUAGAUGUGCCAUACAAAAGGGCGUGGCAAGGGAGGAGGAAAGCCAUAGAAGCGGUCUAUGGUGAUUGGACCUCCAAUUUCGAAGAACUUCCACGGUAUAUCGCUGCGCUUAAGUUUACUAAUCCUGAGACUGUAGUUGAGUGGGAAUGGAAGGAGGGACAAGAAGGUGAUGGUGGGCACUUUCUUUGCCUCCGCCACGUUCGCAGCAAUCUUGUGUCGCGAUAUAAUAGCAAAAAGGUGAAGCAGUUAUGUUGGAAGAUGGGAACGACGCUUUCAAGAGUGAAAUACAACCGUAUGAGGGCAGAGCUUAUUGAAUUCAAACCUGCUGCAUGGGAGUAUCUUCGAGGGAUUUGGGGGAGUAACUGGGCUCGAUUGAAAGCCGGUCUUCGCCGUUGGGGCAUAGCGACAACUAAUAUUUCUGAGAGUUACAACAAUGCAUUGAAAGGGAUCUGUUUUUUACCAAUUAGAGCCUUGAUCGAUGCAACCUUUUGCAAAACUGUUAAAUUCUAUAGAGAAGAACAAUUGUCUGCGAGAAAUUGCAUGACACCGAUCCCUCCUGAGUUAUGGAAAAAAUACGAGAAAAUGAAUGAUAAAGCAGCCAGUUUUGAAGCCACCCCUUUCGAUGGUGAUGAUGCUAUGUGGCGUGUUGUUACUGCCACACGCCUAAGUGGCAGGGGUGGGUCUCUGCAUACGGUGAACUAUGAUGAACAUAGGAUUGAAAUGGCGACGCCGGCAUCGGGCUCCCAAUAUGACUAUCAACCUAAACAUCUUCACCCAGGACCUAUACAAGAUAAAAUGCUAUAUCAUCAAACAAAGCAUAGGUCCCAAGCUGUCUAUGAGAACAGGAUACCGGACAUUAAAACAUUCCGCCUCAAGGGCCGUAGGUGGGAAUGUAGGUACACGUACGGCGAUGCCCCAAGGAGCAGCACUCCACCUUUUAGAGAUCAAUUAACAAGUCUGCGUGUUGAAGAUUUUUGGUGGCAACCAUAUGCACAUAUCCUUCAUAGACUCCCUGAUUUCUGUACACAAGACCAAGCCAUUUGGACGACUAGGUGUUGGAUGUUCUGUUGGGCUAUUAGGGAACCCCACGAGUCGGGCAGAGUCGUGAGACAAUUUGGAUACAUACAGGAUGUUCCCAAGCGCCCCAUGAUUAAAGAUAACGCAGCAUUCCUUCUCGAUCACGCGCACAGUAUGUCUGUGUAUCCUAGCAAUAAUUGGGAGGAUCACCAUUCCGCAGUACGCCGUCAUUGGAAUAGGAGAGAAGAGUUCGUGCUACGAGAUUUGGAGGAAGGAGAUCCUGGUUCCGUAUAUGAGGGGUACUAUGAAUGGUUAAUGGUGAACACUGUCAGAUUGAUAUCCAAUCCCGGUAAUUAUGAACCUCAAGGAUACGAGACUUCUUCGAGCCGCGUGAAAUUAUAUGGUGAAGUAUUGAACAACAUUCGCGUGAGUACCGAGAGGUUUAGAGAAAAACGAGAAGAUGAUAAUCUCCUGGACGAAGAACUUGACAAGCAUUUGGACGAUAUCAUCAAUCAAACACAUGCUGCUUUAACCUUGGGCGCAAAUGAUGAGAUGGAGGUGGAUGAUACCCAAAUCCUGGUUGAUGAAGAUCCAUUUUUGUCCUCACAACCUCCGCCGGGUAAAAAAGCGAAACCGUGGUCAAGAGAUAAGAUUGGAGGAGGAAGAAAGAGAAAGGUCACAAUCCUCCCUCGGACAUCGUAA